AUGAGAAUCUGCAUUGCCUAUGUUGAAACUUUUAAACAAGGAGGUUUAUUCAGUUAUCAUCCUAAAUGCAAGAAAAUUGGGCUCACACAUCUCACUUUUGUUGAUGACCUUCUAAUCUUUUGCAAGGGAAAUAUGGAGUCAAUUGCUGGAGUUCUUUCUCAUGAAUUUCUCCAAGGAACCCUGAAACUUAUCAAAACCUCUACUGGUUUCAAGUUUGGACUUCUGCCAGUGAGAUAUCUAGGGGUUCCGCUUGUUUCUCGGAAACUCACAAUUAAGGACUGCUCCCUCCUUAUUGAUAAGAUCAGAUCCAGAAUCCACCAGUGGUCUGGGAGACAUUUAAGCUAUGCUGGAAGAAUAAACCAACUUUGCUCAAGAUAUCUAUGGAGAGGCUCUGACACUUCAUCCUCUGGAGCAAGGGUUCUUUGUGGAUUGCUUGGACAUAUUCUUAAGUAA